AUGUCCGACCCGAACAACCCCAACAUCAAGCUGAGAACCACCCCUCAGUGGUCGCUUUAUCGGCGUGAUGCCUUCUGGAACUCAAACUUUGGCCAGUACCCGAUCUUCAAUACUGAUCCAGCUGAGAUUGAAAAACUCGCAAAGGAGAAGUUGUCUCAAGGAGGUUGGUAUUACUCCUCGUGCAAUGCAGGUCUCUCCUGGACCCAUUUGGCAAAUCGCCAGGCAUUUUACCGUCACCGUAUCAUACCGCGAACUCUAGUUGACACAAAUACCCGGGACACGGCCACGGAGAUUUUCGGCCACAAAGUGUCGGCUCCUAUCGGUUUUGCUCCCAUUGGCAUUAACCGCAUCUAUCAUCCAACUGGUGAGCUCUCUGUUGCAAAGAUUGCUGAAGAAUUGAAUUUGGCCUAUUGCCUUUCUUCUGCCGGCAGCUACAGUAUCGAGGAUGUUGGAAAGGCCAACGAAAAAGGACCUCGCUUCUUCCAGCUGUAUCAAAGUCAUGAUGACGAGCAGACAAUUUCCAUGCUACAGCGUGCUUGGGACUCUGGUUUUGAUGCUUGUAUGCUGACCACCGAUACCUGGUCUCUUGGAUGGCGCCACAAUGACAUUUUCACCGGAAAUUAUGCAUUUUAUCAUGAACAUGGAGCAGGCGAUCUUGGUCUACAAGACCCUGUCUUCCAAAGGCGCCUGAAAGAGGCCGGUAUCGAUCCCAAGACACACCCUAAAGAGGCGGGUGCCAAGUGGAUCGACGAGAACAUCUGGCAUGGCCGUGCUCAUACCUGGGAGAAGGUCCAGUGGACGAUGGCCCAGUGGAAGAGAAUCAGUGGUGGUCGGCCAUUCUGCCUGAAGGGUAUCCAGAGCGUCGAAUCUGCGAAGAAAUGCGUUGAAAUUGGUAUCGAUGGCAUCGUUGUCACAAACCACGCUGGUCGACAAGUUGAUGGCGCUAUCGCUAGCCUUGAUGCACUGGAGAAGAUUGUCGACGCUGUCGGAGAUAGCAUCUACAUCAUGUUCGAUUCUGGAGUCCGUAGCGCUGCCGAUGCUUUCAAGGCCCUUGCGUUAGGAGCCAAAUUCGUGUUUCUGGGACGCCUUUGGGUAUGGGGACUUAGCAUUGCAGGUGAGCAUGGCGUGCGACAUGUGAUGAAAAGCUUCCUUGCGGAAUUCGAUAUUCUGAUGGAGGAAGCCGGCUUUCAGACGAUCGACCAGAUCGAUCGUUCAGCUAUCGAUAGUCUACCCAACUCUUCCAGCCUGAUCGCCGAGCGAUCCCGGCUCUAG